ACGCAGUCGCGCAGAAGAAGAAGCCGUUGGAGUUAGUUUUGUUGACAUGGAGCCGCUCGAAGAGAAGCGUGAGCGUCCAGUGAAGCCCGUCGAUGAAGCGUGAAGUUACUCGACAGAAAUGAGGGGUAAAGUGCUGCGGCUGAGCCCGAAUGAGGAGGCGCAGCUGCUGAGAGAGGAGCAGGACCGGAGGAGGAAAGCGCGCCUGAGGCAGGUGCGGGAGCAGGAGCGCUUCAUCGCCCGUCAGGUGCGCAGGCAGGUGCAGGAGCGCAGACAGCAGCAGCUGCAGACGCUCGCAGACUCCCUGCAGCUGGAGUGGAAGCAGCAGCAGACGCUCAGAAUACAGGCCUUAUCCUCACACUACCAGCUGAGCCUGAGCUCGCUCGGACACGGACACCGCAGCGCGCAGGAGAACGAGCCGGACGUGGAGGCGCUGGCUCAGAGGAGCGUGGAGAGGCAGGAGCGUGCGGAGGAGAGACAUCGAGAGGCUCUGAGGGAGCUCGGCGUCCGCAGACACGAGGAGGAGCAGCAGCAGCGCCGGCCCAUUGAAGCGCGGAGGAAAGCUCUGCUGGAGGAGAAGAGGAGGGCUGAGAGAGUGGCCAGUCUCCCGCCGCCUCCUCCCGACCCGGUGGAGAGCAUCGGGAGGAAGACGCCUCGUCCGCUGAGGCCAGCAGCAGCAGAGCGCUUCUCUCUCACUCACGAUCACAUGACCGCUGUGGCCCGAGAGAGCGACGCCGAGCAGCAGCUGAGCGCUCCGCAGGCCGCGGCUCUGGAGGGACGGCGUCUGGAGGAGCUCCAGCGGGAGGAGGCUCGUGAGCGGCGGUGGCGGCUGGACAGAGCUCGGCUCAGAGGAAGCCAGGCGCUGAGGAGAGAGCAGCACACACAGGACCGAGCUCGGCUGCUCUGUGAGCUGGAGCGUCUGCAGCAGGCCCAUCUGCUCCGCCGCAGACAGACAGUGAGCAGCGUCCCGCCGCAGGUCUUCCAGCCGCUCUGCAGGCAGCAGGAGCUACGAGACGAGCAGCAGCGGGAGCUGGAGAUCGCCUUUCAGGACGCCUACACAGAGGAGCGCAAGGUCAAAGGUGACUUGGUGCUUCAGCUCGUACCUGACCCUCUUCCUCCUCCGUCUGCUGCUAGUCACGAUGAGGAGCUGGACGUGACCCUUGACCCUGAGUGUGCUCCUGAAGGGGAGGAGCCAGAGACCCCCAUCGCUGAAACCCCAGUUAGUUGUGUUUCAGCAGCGUCUCCUCGGGCUGAUGGGAGCAGACGGGCCCUGAGCAGACUGCUGGAACGCAUCCGGAGGCAGAGAGACCGGAGGACCGGUCAGCUGACCACGGAGACGCCGGGGACGUCACAUGACGCUGACGCUCAGGAGGAAGCCUCGAGUGUUGAGACGGGAUCUUUAAGUAGCCAGGAAAAAGAAUCAGGAGUCAGUUUAGAGGAGCAGACGCCCAGCACUACACACACCGAGGAUGCUCCUGAUGUAAGUGAUGAAGCGGUGGUGGCAGGAAGUCUUCCGGCGCUGGAGGACCGGGUUCAUCUGCUGCCUGAGAGUGAGAGGAGAGCAGACACGGACCAGCCGGACCCCGUGAGUCAGACCUCACUGUCGGCGGAGGCUCUGUGGAGACAGCAGCAGGAGCAGCUCGCUCUGCUGGAGGAGCUGGAGCAGAAGCGGCGUGAGCUGGAGCAGCGCUGGAGAGACUGUCAGCUGAGCACAGAGGUGUCCUCGCCAGACGCCAAGGAUGAGGUCAGUCUGGAUGUCACACACACGCAGAGACUCCAUCAGUACCAGCAGAGACUCCUGGAGCAGAACAGGCUUCAUAAGAAGUGUGUCGAGGAAGCUCGUCGGCGGCUGGAGGAGUACCAGCACACUCUGAGGUUACGGCAGGCCAUGGGCAGCACGUCUGCUCCUCUGGUUCUCUGUGCUGGAAAACCUCCUGACUCUCAGCUUCCAUCCCGCUCUGCUCAGACGCAGCCUCUCCUCAGUCCUCCAGACUCCUCCGGCUCGGGACAGGGAGACCAGGAGCUUCCUCUUCCUCCCCCUGCUGUGGUCCUGGAGCUCCUGUGCAGCCAGAAGAGCGACGCCGAGUCCAGCGGGUCAGCGCUUCAGAGAGAGACUGCAGACAGACAGGGUCCCGCGUCCUGCUCUACUGAUGUUCAGACACACCAGAUGAUUUUGAACACUUUGCUGAAUGCCAUGGAGGAGGCUAGCGAUCCCGUCGAGCCUCGGCCGGCCCCCAGCCAGCGGGACGGUGUCCUGAUCCCCACAGCGGUCCUCUCAGACGCCCCAGUGCAUCGUGGGAGAGUUAAGCCGCCCGUGUCUCGUCCUCCCGCCCGAUUAGCCUUCUUACGGCAGAUGGAGCAGCAUGAGCUCAGUGCUAUACAGGAAGUGGACUCCCCGGUCAACAUCAGUCUGGACACAGAGCUGCAGUCGGCUGACGUGAGCGAGUCCAGCAGCGCGUCCCUGCCCGCCGUCUCCUCUGAAGACGGUCACAGCGCGGGUCAGAGGUCACAGGUCACGGGCAGAAUCAGCCGCAUGUCCUGGAGAGAAACGCUCCUGUGUGACUCCUCGGCCUCAGCCAGUCCGUCCGGCGUCAAUCACCUGCGAGAGCGCCCUGCUGCUGAUCCAGACUAUCUCUCGUCCACUACGAUCUCCACAGGAAGCUACUCCACUAGUGACCACGAGCCCAGUUGCGUCGUCUCCGAUGCGUCUCAUCUGAGCUUGGAGCCUGACGUGUGCAGCCCGUCCCCCAGACCCAGUUCCUGUCACAUGACCUCUGACCCGCAGGUCACGAGAGACUCCGUGCAGCAGAUCAUAGACAGAUACGGCGCAGAGCUGAACGCUUCCUUGAGACACACAGGAGAGUCUGCAGCGGAGCCCCGAGGUGCGGCUCAGUCCUGGUCCAGUGUGCUUCAGGAGGAGACUUCAGCUACAACUCUGUCCAGCACAGAGCACUCAGGUGUCUUCCAGCCGCUUCAGCCUCAUCCAGACAUAGACUCGUCCUCGUCCUCUUCAUCUAGAGAUGUUCUGGGAGGUGAUGGGAGCACUAGAGUGCAGGGCUGGAGCGAGACUGUGCACCGGAUCCUGGAGCGGCUCUCCCAUCAGCUGUCCCUCUCCGCUCCGUCUCUUCACGAUCAGGACACACGCCAGGCGGCCUCUUUCAGUGCGAGGCAGCACCGAUCCGGUGAGAGCACACUCUCAAGGGCUGAGGAUCAGUCUGAGUCUGGUGAGGCGUCAGAUAUGAGCCGGUCUCAGGGCUUUGAUGAGAGUAGCAUCGUCGCCGAUGGACCGGAGGAAGACCCUCAGAGCACAGCUGUAGGAACAGCACUGUUCUUCUCUCCGGUCAGAUCGUCCGUCCAGCCGUCACUGAUGACUACAGAUGAUGCUCUGACCGACGCCCCUCGUGACGAUGCAUCAGGUGUGUUUCUUCCUCUGCCCUCUGACCUCACCACCAAUGAGAGCGCAGACUGCUCCGCCGCGCUCUGUGUCCCUCUGGAAGCAGAAGUGUGUGAGUCCCCAGAUCAGUCCCUGCAGCGUCUGAGAGCCGACGAGCCGGGGAUCUCCACGGACCUGCUGUCUCUUACCCACGAGUCUCUCUGGGCUCCUCUGACUGCUGAUGAGAGCCUCGCUCCGCAGGAAGGGCCCGAGCUCUUACGGCGAGCACAGGUUCAGUCUCACCUGAUCAACUCUCAUCCUGUGUCCGGGCCGGUCUCUCACUGUGGAUGUGUCUCUGGUCAGGGGCCGGGUGACCUGAAGGGCAUUCUGGAGGAGUCCAUCAUCUCCUUCAUCAGUCUGCCAGAGUCGACACUACAGGACCCCGAGGCCAGCCGCUCGCAGACGCCUGACACAGGAAGUGCUGCACAGGAAGUGGAGGCUGAGGACCAAUCAGAGAGCUUUACGGUGGAGGACGACAGCCAAUCAGAGCAGCCGGAGGCGCCGGUCACCGGAGGAACAGUGAUGCUGCUGGAGUUUCAGAGCUCCUCUGCUCGUCAGUGUCAGCUCCGGCGGGAUCGUCUCGCACAGAGGUCAGCGCUCAGAGCCGCUCAGAUCAGAGCCAGACGCCCUGAACCUGGACGAACCACACCGGUCCAGAGAGCGUCCAGAGCCUCGGGACACACCGAGCCCAAACCACACACAGGGGCCGGGGUGCGGAUCUGCUCUGAGGAGCACAGACGCUGUGAGGAGGCAGAGAUGUACCGCCGCACACACAGACUGUACAAUCAGUUAGAGGAAGUUAAACAGAAGAAGGAGCUGCAGAGCCGUCAGGAAUCAUACGCUAAAAACCGUGAGAAGGCCAGAGACUUCCAGAGGAAGACGCUGGAGAAACUGAGGUCCAAGCUGAACCGCUGAUGUGUUUGGAGCCUCGUUUCUGCUGUUUGUUAUCAGUUUCAAUCAGAUUAAUGUGACAAGCACCUUUUAUUUCUGUGUAUGUUGAGUAUUUUAAUUAAAAUGUUAUUUUAAAUUUAA